AUGCCGUUGCGAGGAGCCCCCCAUGGCCGUCCGGAUGGCAUCUGGCGACAUGCCCUACUGAGUUCGCCGUGGUUCGAUUGUCCCAUCUUUGAUGUUGUGUUAUACAAACCUAUGGGGUGUGACGAUUUGGACAUGACGCCUUUCGACAAGAAAACGACACCAUGCACAUACAGGAACCCGUGUUAUGCGGAGCUGGAGCAGUUGUUUUUGCACUUAUGGUCGACCAAGGCCGUAAAGAUUCCUCUGAGACGGUUCCCGAACAACGACGCGGUUUUACCUCUGACGGCCAAGCAUUAUCGACAAAUGUACGGGGAUAAGGCGAUGGAGUGA